AUGGCCGACACCAAUGCCCCCAAAGGGCUUUCCAGCAAACUCCAGAACAAGCGCAAGAGACAAGCAGACGAUGCUGCUCCCAAGCAAGAACAGCCCGAGGCAGGCACACCCGCUGAGGGAUCUAGCAAGAAGAAGCAGAAGAAGAACAAGAACAAGAAGAAGCAGGCUGAGCAAGAUGGAGAACAGUCGAUGCGCAAAGACGGCAUUGACGAGUCGAUUGGCAAGAUGGACGGCCGGUUGUUGGGCGAUCACUUUGCGCAGAAGGCCAAAAGACAUGAUAAGGAGCUCUCUGCUGUUGAGCUGAGUGAUCUUUCUGUUCCUGAUUCCGCAUUCCUCGAUACCUCUUCCUUCACCUCCCUCAGAAAGCUGGAGCAGCUCCCUGAAUUCCUCAAGUCGUUCAGUCCCAAGGGCUGUGACUUGUCAAAGUCGUCCGCGAAGACCGGUACCCCUCACACACUGGUAAUUUCGGGUGCUGCACUGCGAGCUGCUGAUGUUGUACGGGCACUCCGCUCUUUCCAAACCAAGGAAAGCAUUGUUGGCAAGCUGUUUGCGAAGCACAUCAAGCUGGAGGAAGCAAAGCAGUUCCUUCAGCGUGCCCGAUCUGGUAUUGGGGCUGGAACCCCAACCAGAAUAUUUGAUUUGAUUGAGGCUGGAGAUCUCAAACUGGAUGAAUUGGAGCGCAUUGUCAUUGAUGGAUCUCACAUUGACCAGAAACAGCGGGGCAUCUUUGAUAUGAAGGACACGCAUAUGCCGCUCUUGAAGCUGCUUACUCGGCCUGAAUUGCGUGAGCGCUACGGAGCGCCAAAGAAGAGUGUGAAGAUCUUGGUGUUUUAA